GUCCGAUCAGAGAGACGGUCCGAUCAUUUCUGAUCGAUUUCAGUAAAACAUCAUGUCAGUGUCGUAACUUUCAGCUUCGUCGGCAGCUAAACAAAUGAUAAAAUAAAUAAACCAGGUCUUCUUUCACCAGUUUGUUGUUUUUCACAAGAGAAUCGGACUUUCAGCUUUCGUCAAUUAAGCACGACAACAAGUCAGCCACCAAACAGGCUCCAGCACAUUGUGUGAUUUUUCAUGAUCGUGAUCUGCUGAUCAUUAUGAUCAUGAUGAUGAUCAUAAUCAUGAUCAUGUCAUGACAGCACUGAUCAUAACUUGCUGAUCAUGUUUUCCUUUGUGGAGGAAAUUUGCUACAACUUGAAGGUAAAGUUUCCAAGUUCUGGAGGGGAAACAUCCAGGCAGCUGAAAUAUUUGGUUCCUCCCUCAUAACUUUGGCAAAUGAGGAGGAAAAGUUACCAAAAUCUCAGUGAUUGUUUGUGUGAUAAUAUGAUUGAGCCACCAAAAGGUAACAAGAAUAGUUUUAUCCAGCAAUCUGUCAUAUUUCACAUUAAAGGGGAUUUUCCAGGAGGUUUUCCAGGAAGUAGACCCACCCAUCUUCUUAGGAAGGUUGUCUUUUGGUUGUCAGGCAGCUCCACCUUUAUGAUGACAUCACAACAUGGUGGAACCUGUUUGGUGACGGACUUUUACUUGUCAGUUUGGAAACAAACUGAUUCAAAACUGUUUUUAGCUGCUGAUGAAGCCGACAUGAUGUUUUACUGAGAAAUGGGUCAGGAAUGAUCGGACCGCCUCUCUGGGAGGCGGGAGACAGGGAACAGAUUUCCACACGGCUCCCAGAUGAAACGUUUCCAGGAAGCUGAGAGCCUCGUGCUGCUGAAGCCAGGUCAAAGGUCAGACGGGUCUGGCAGACGUCCAGCUGUCAGGUCAGAGCCGUCGCUGCUUUUCCUGCUUCAAGUUGAACUUUAGUUGUUUCUGCCUGUGAGCACAGAGUCGCCUCCAGCUUCCUGCAGGAACAGGAAGUUCCCUCUGCUGCUAAUCACCGCGCGCCGCUGCUCAGGAAACCAGAGAACUGCAGCGUCUGCCGGUUUCCCUCCCAUCGUGUCACCUGCCGGCGCUAAGCCCCGCCCUCGGCAGGUGUACCUCCGUCUGCUCUCCUGCUGCACCUCAUUGGAGGCGCAUCAUGAAGCGGAUCACGUUGCUGCUGGUUCUGAUCGGGUCCGCUCCGGCCGCUCGCUGCUACCCCUCAGGUCUGCUGUGCGGACAUGAAGCCCAGCCACACCGGCGGCGCCCAGACCGCCGCCGCGCCGUUCACCGUCAGCGCGGAGUGGAGCACGUCUGGAGGACAGGUCAAAGUCUCUCUCCAGGGUUCUGGUCCGUUUACCGGGUUCCUGCUGGAGGCCAGACAGCCGGGGGGCCAGACCGCCGUGGGCUCGUUUCUACUGGGUUCUGCUCCGGCCCGGCUCCUCGCUUGCUUCGGGAAAUCUGUAAGUGCUCCGCCCACCUGGUGCGGUUCUGGUUCUGUGGGUUUGUUCUCAGAACAGAGAACAGAACAGAAGGAACCUGCAACCCGAUACCAGAUUGUUUCUGUUCACUGUGACACAAAGAGGCAGAAACUCCUGAUGGGUUCUAGGAAACGUUUACUGCUGCCUGUUCUGGGGACUGAGGCAACAGGUUGGGGCGGGUCCAACAGCCUGGAGGGUCCAGCAGCCUGGAGGGUCCAGCAGCCUGGAGGGUCCAGCAGCCUGUCCAUCUCCAAUGUCGGCUGCGGUUCCACCAAGCUGUGCUUCAGCCAGCCCACAAACUGUGAUCCCUCCUCCAGCUCCAACUGCUUCUUCAUGUCAGCCAGACUUCUGACUCCGCCCGAAUCCGGGGUCCAGUACGAGCUGUCCGGACCGGCUCAGGGAUACGUAGCUUUUGGGUGGUCAGAUGAUCAGAAUAUGGGUCAAGAUGACAUCUACCUCUGUGGCCUGAACAGCACCGGAGCUGUUGAUGUGCAGCGGGCCUUCUCUGUUGGGCGAACAGCUCCAACGGUUCAACCUAAGGGAGCCCUCUCAGAUAUACAGACCUCCAACCAGAACGGGGUCCUGGGCUGCACAUUCAUCUCCAAGAACGCCAUCUUCACUUCCAGCAACUUCAGCUUCACCUCCGACCAACUCUUCUACCUGCUGCUGGUCUAUGGAUCCAGCUCCAACGGGAUCAUCAUGAAGCACCAGAACGAUUAUAGCAGCAGCCAAAAGAUGGCGCUGACGUCUCCUGCUGUGGUCCCAAGUGAUGGGAAGCAGCAGAUGAUCAGAGCCCACGGUUGCCUGAUGCUGCUCGCCUGGAUGACCUUGUGUCCGGUGGGGAUGAUGGUGGCUCGGUACCUGAGAAGAUCCAGUCAGGUCCAGAUGUUUGGCAAAGAUCUGUGGUUUGUGAUCCACAUCUCCGUGAUGAGCAUCACCGUGGUAACCACCAUCAUCGCCUUCAUCCUCGCCUUCUCAUACCUUGGCGGCUGGGAAUACGGGAUUCACCAGGUGCUGGGCUGCCUGGUUCUGUGUCUGGCGCUGAUCCAGCCCAUCCUGGCCUUCAUGCGCUGCGCGCCGCAGCAUCCAAGGAGGUUCCUGUUCAACUGGGCUCAUUUCGUCAUCGCCGUGUCUCUGAAGCUCUUAGCAGUGGCGACCGUCUUCACAGGCAUGGACAUGAUGGACAGCGCCGGCUGGCUGAUGAAGGUGCUGGGCGGCUUCGCCGGCUGGGAGGCGCUGCUGCUCAUCCUGAUGGAGCUGCAAGCAAGAUGGCGGAGCGCCGCCGCAGGUGGCAGCGGUCCUGUGGAGCCUGACAAGGUGCAGCAGGACGUCCUGCUGGUGGCGCUCUUCCUCACCGGGAACCUGGCCUUCCUCAUCGCCCUGCUGGUCGGAAUCGGACAGGCGGUGCAUUCCUAGCACCUGGUUCUGCUCAGCGCUGGUUCUGUCCGGUCCGUUCUGAUCAGCUGAGCAGAAGUUUGAAGUUCUAGAGAAACUUCAGCGCAUUAAAGUUAAAAACCAGCUGCUGGUUUAUGCAGCCAAAUAAAGACAAACACUGAA